GACCUGGGCGCUCUCAUGGUGCCCUAUCCGGAUCUGGUGCCAGUGGUGUUUUUCUGCCUCAAACAGACCACCUUCCCCCGCAGCUGGUGCAUCCGUAUGGUGUCUAGCCCGUGGUUCGAGCGAGUGAGCAUGAUGGUGAUCCUGCUGAACUGCGUGACCCUGGGCAUGUACCAGCCCUGUGAGAACAUCGACUGCUCCUCAGACCGCUGCCAGAUACUGCAGGCGUUUGAUGCUUUCAUCUACAUCUUCUUCGCUGUGGAGAUGGUGGUCAAGAUGGUGGCCCUGGGCAUCUUCGGCCGCCGCUGUUACCUUGGUGACACCUGGAACAGGCUGGACUUCUUCAUCGUCAUGGCAGGGGUGGUGGAGUAUUCCUUGGACCUGCAAAAUAUCAAUCUUACAGCAAUCAGAACCGUUCGAGUGCUGCGACCUCUCAAAGCCAUCAACAGAGUACCAAGUAUGCGUAUCCUGGUGAACCUGCUGCUGGACACCCUGCCCAUGCUGGGGAACGUGCUGCUGCUCUGCUUCUUCGUCUUCUUCAUCUUCGGUAUCAUCGGCGUGCAGCUGUGGGCCGGACUGCUGCGCAACCGCUGCUACCCCGUGGAGAACUUCACCCUCACUACGGGCAUCACCCUGCCCAAGCCCUACUACCAGCUGGAUGAGGAUGACGAGCGGCCCUUCAUCUGCUCGCUGGCGCAGGACAACGGCAUCAUGUCCUGCCAGGACGUGCCAGCCCGGAGGGAAGGAGGCCGCGUCUGCUGCCUGGACAAGGACGACGUGCUGCACCGGCAGUCCAUGGGCCUGGGGCCCGAGCCUCUGGUGAACGGCACCAGCAGCACGGAGGGGCUGUGCGUGAACUGGAACCAGUACUACACGCGCUGCAGCACGGGCCACAGCAACCCGCACAAGGGGGCCAUCAACUUUGACAACAUUGGAUACGCCUGGAUCGUCAUCUUUCAGGUCAUCACCUUGGAGGGCUGGGUGGAGAUCAUGUAUUACGUGAUGGAUGCUCACUCCUUCUACAACUUCAUCUACUUCAUACUGCUCAUCAUCAUCGGCUCCUUCUUCAUGAUCAACCUGUGCCUGGUGGUCAUCGCCACCCAGUUCUCGGAGACCAAGCAGCGGGAGCACCAGCUGAUGCAGGAGCAGCGCGCCGCGUGCCUGUCCUCCAGCACCAUGGCCUCCAUGGCCGAGCCGGGCGACUGCUACGAGGAGCUCUUCCAGCUGCUGUGCCACGUGCUGCGGAAGGCCCGCCGACGCACCUGCGCCGCCCUCCAGCGCCUCCUGGACUGCCCAUCAUCCAGGUGUCCACACUGCUCUAAGCCCGAGGCCAUCGUCCUCUCUUCAGACAACCCCACCGACAUCACCACCACCACCACCACCACCCCAUCCAGCAACACCGACCCCUGCCCCUACUGCUCCGCCACCGUGGCCCUCCUCGACGGGGCGGUUCCCGGCGGAGACAACCCAACCAAUGGGGACAAGGGGGCGGGUGCUGGCGGGGAGACGGACGGCAAGGCCGACCAAUCGGAAGGCGGAGAUGGGAAAGUCGCCGCCGCCGCGGGGGGCCGAUCGUGCAAUGGCUGGUGCAGAGCGGUGUGGAUGAAGGUGCGCCUCAAGCUCUGGGGCAUCGUGGAGAGCAAGUACUUCAACCGGGGCAUCAUGAUCGCCAUCCUCAUCAACACCAUCAGCAUGGGCAUCGAGCACCACGAACAGCCAGAAGAGCUGACCAACAUCCUGGAGAUCUGCAACAUCGUCUUCACCAGCAUGUUCGCCCUGGAGAUGAUCCUCAAGCUGACCGCCUUUGGAUGCUUCAACUACCUGCGCAACCCCUACAACAUCUUCGACGGAAUCAUCGUUGUCAUCAGUGUGUGCGAGAUCAUCGGUCAGUCGGACGGCGGGCUGUCGGUUCUGCGGACGUUCCGCUUGCUGCGGGUUCUGAAGCUGGUUCGCUUCAUGCCGGCGCUGAGGAGGCAGCUGGUGGUGCUGAUGAAGACCAUGGACAACGUGGCCACCUUCUGCAUGCUACUCAUGCUCUUCAUAUUCAUCUUCAGUAUUCUGGGGAUGCACAUAUUUGGCUGCAAGUUCAGUCUGAAGACGGAGACCGGCGAUACGGUUCCUGACAGGAAGAACUUUGACUCUCUGCUUUGGGCCAUCGUCACAGUCUUCCAGAUCCUGACCCAGGAAGACUGGAACGUGGUGCUGUAUAAUGGCAUGGCGUCCACCUCUCCGCUAGCUGCCCUGUACUUCGUCGCCCUCAUGACCUUUGGGAACUACAUCCUCUUCAACCUCCUCAUCGCCAUCCUGGUGGAGGGCUUUCAAGCAGAGGGGGAUGCCAACCGCUCCUACUCGGAUGAUGACAGGUCCUCCUCCAACUUUGACGAGAGCGAGAAGCAGCACAAAGACUCCCUCCAACUGUCUGAUCCUAAACUCUGCACCCUGACCCCCAAUGGACACCUGGAGAUGGGUCUGCUGUCGUCGGGGACCACAAGGGGUGUGUUCACAGCUGACAGGAUGAGCUUCGCCCUGAGCUCCCGCAAGAGCAGCGUCAUCAGCCUGGGCAAGAGCAGCCUGGAGAGACGCUCACACUCACUGCGACACAGUCGGCGCAGUUCCGUCUACCACCACUGGGGGCGCCCUCCGCCUCAUCACCAGUCCAUCCUGACGCGCCGCAGCAGCUGGAACAGCCUGGGCCGCCAGGCGCGGGGUGGCAGCCUGCGGGUACGGGGGCCCUCCUCCCGGACAUCUUACCACGGCUCUGCCGAGCAGGAGGCCCUGUUGUCCCCCUCCCUGCACACACCACCGCCCCACCCCCCACCCUCCCACCACCAGCCCUCGCACCACACUCAUCAUACAUCUGGACAACCACCACCACCACCCCCGCUGCUGUCUCGUCGAUACCCCCACCGACGCGAUCGCCGUGCCCUUUCGCUGGAGCUGCCGGAGCUGCUGCAGGUACCAGGGCAGCCCUAUCCCCUGGUGCCUGCCGAGAAAAAGAGCUCUUUGGGGGAGAGGGGCGUAGGAGAGCACCAGGACUGUAACGGGAAGGCCCCGAUGGCCUUGGCUGUCCCCGGGCCUCAGGUGCCUCUGCUGGGGGAGGUCUUCCCACAGGUCAACAGCCGCAAGGACAAGGGAGAGCUGGAGGAAGAGGCCGACUAUACAUGGUGCUUCCGGAUCCAGAAGAUGAUCGAGGUGUACCGGCCGGACUGGUGCGAGAAACGAGAGGAUUGGUCUGUCUACCUCUUCUCCCCGCAGAACAAGUUUCGCUUGCUGUGCCAGUCCAUCAUUGCCCAUAAGCUGUUUGACUACGUGGUGCUGGCCUUCAUCUUCCUCAACUGCAUCACCGUGGCCCUAGAGAGGCCCAAGAUUCAUCAGGGCAGUCUGGAAAGGGUCUUCCUCACUGUCUCCAAUUACAUCUUCACUGCCAUCUUCGUGGCUGAGAUGACAGUCAAGGUGGUGUCCAUGGGGCUCUACCUCGGCGAGCGGGCCUACCUUCGCAGCAGCUGGAACAUCCUGGACGGUUUCCUGGUCUUCGUGUCGCUCGUGGACAUUGUUGUCUCCAUGGCGGGCGGCGCCAAGAUCCUAGGCGUCCUGCGCGUGCUCCGGCUGCUCAGGACAUUGCGCCCCCUGAGGGUCAUCAGUCGAGCUCCCGGACUGAAGUUAGUGGUGGAGACCCUCAUUACUUCUCUGAAGCCGAUCGGCAACAUCGUGCUCAUCUGCUGUGCCUUCUUUAUCAUCUUUGGCAUCCUCGGGGUCCAGCUUUUUAAAGGGAAAUUUUACUACUGUGUCGGUUUGGACGUGAAGAACAUCACCAACAAAUCCGACUGCCUGUCCGCCAAUUAUAGAUGGGUUCACCAUAAAUACAAUUUUGACAAUCUUGGACAGGCGUUGAUGUCCCUGUUUGUGCUGGCUUCAAAGGAUGGCUGGGUGAACAUAAUGUAUCAUGGCCUGGAUGCAGUGGGCAUUGAUCAACAGCCGAUCAUGAACUACAACCCCUGGAUGCUGCUCUACUUCAUCUCCUUCCUGCUGAUCGUCAGCUUCUUCGUGCUCAACAUGUUCGUGGGCGUGGUGGUGGAGAACUUCCACAAGUGCCGCCAGCACCAGGAGGUGGAGGAGGCCAAGAGGAGGGAGGAGAAGAGGCUCAGGCGCAUGGAGAGGAAGAGGAGGAAGGCCCAGAAGAUGCCCUACUACGCUAGCUACGGCCACAUACGUUUGAUGAUCCACACUUUCUGCACCAGCCACCACCUCGACCUCUUCAUCACGCUCAUCAUCUGCGUCAAUGUGGUCACCAUGUCACUGGAGCACUACAGUCAGCCACAGUCUCUGGAGACAGCCCUGAAGUAUUGUAAUUACUUCUUCACCACCACCUUCGUGCUGGAGGCGGUGCUCAAGCUGGUGGCCUUUGGCUUCCGACGCUUCUUCAAAGACAGGUGGAACCAGCUUGACUUGGCCAUAGUUCUGCUGUCGGUGAUGGGCAUCACGCUGGAGGAGAUCGAGAUCAACGCCUCGCUGCCCAUCAACCCCACCAUCAUACGCAUCAUGAGGGUGCUGCGCAUAGCACGAGUGCUCAAACUGCUGAAGAUGGCCACGGGAAUGCGUGCUCUGCUUGAUACUGUGGUGCAGGCCCUGCCACAGGUGGGUAACCUGGGCCUCCUCUUCAUGCUCCUCUUCUUCAUCUACGCAGCGCUGGGGGUGGAACUGUUCGGGGAGCUGGUGUGCAACGAGGACUACCUGUGCGAGGGCAUGAGUCGGCACGCCACCUUCGAGAACUUCGGCAUGGCCUUCCUCACGCUCUUCCAGGUCUCCACCGGCGACAACUGGAACGGCAUCAUGAAGGACACCCUCCGCGAGUGCCCUCCGGGCGACGUGGAAUACAACUGCAACCCCAGCCUGCAGUUUAUCUCGCCCAUGUACUUCGUGAGCUUCGUGUUGACGGCCCAGUUCGUGCUCAUCAACGUGGUGGUGGCUGUGUUGAUGAAGCACCUGGACGACUCCAACAAGGAAGCAGCGGAGGACGCCGAGAUGGACGCAGAGAUCGAGAUGGAGCUGGCCCAGAGCGGUCUCUGCUGCAUGGGUGGCAUCGCUGCAGGCGCCGCGGUGGCAGCCGCAGGGGUCACGGCCGGAGGGGCCUACGGCGGGGCACUUGGACCCUGUGGGGGUGGUGGUGGUGUAGGAUGCGGCCUGGGAGGAGGAGGAGCCGGAGGAGGUGGCGUGACGGCGGCGGUGGCUAGCCCACUGUGUGCACAUCGGCACCACGGGGGAGUGACAACGUCUAGCCCACAUCUUAUGUGCCAUGAUGGGGGACGCAACAGCCGACGAAGACUCUACUCACCAGCACAGGAGAACCAAUGGCUGGACAGCGUGUCGCUGCUCAUCAAGGACUCCCUGGAGGGGGAGAUGCUGAUGAUUGACAACCUGUCCGGCUCCGUCUUCCACCACUACUCCUCGCCGCCCAUCUGCCGAGACUGCCGGCACCACCACCCGCAAGAGAUCCAGUUAGCGGAGCUGGAGCAGGCGUCCCUGAUGUCGGAGCAGCUGUCGGACAAGUCCUCGUCUCUGGCGCUGCCUGAUGACCUCAGCCUGGACGACCACAGUGUCUACCAGCUGCUCGUCAGGGACAGCAAGGAAAGGGGGAGCAGUGACUCCCACAGUUCAGAGGAGCUCCGCGUCAACCAGGCUGCCCGCUGUGGAGGAUCCCAGCCCCACAAUGGCAGAGAAGCUGGAGGUGGUGGUGGCAGCAUCAGUGUGGGUGUUGGUUCCUGUGGUGGUGGUAGUCACCAUGGCGGUGGUGGUCACCGUGGCAGCACUGGUCACCGUGGGAACCGCAGCAGUAACAGCAGGGGAGCCUCGCCGCUCUUCCACCUGCCCGCGGACUUCUUCCACCCGGCCUCGUCCGUGUCCCAGGGGAGCCCCACCAUGACGGGGGGCGUUCCAGCAGAUCAUCACCUCAGCCCUCACCUUCAGCAUGGCAGCAGCGGCGGUGGUGGUGGAAGUACCAGGGGAGGGUCCCGGCUCACGUCCCCGGCCUCCUGGGCCUCACUCAGGUCCCCCGGGGCCAACAGCAGGGUCAUGGGCUCUCAGCACCCGUCUCAGAGUGACUGUUCCCUGGCCAUGGGCAGCUCGGAGAGCAGCCUGCAGACCACCGUGGAGGAAGAAGGGCUCCGCUUCAGCAUCUCCCCUCCGCCGUUACGCCGCCACCCUCUCAACCCCCUGGACACCCAGGAGGACCAGGGCUUACCCCCUCUCCCCCUGCCCCUGCUCUGCCCCUUACCCAUCCCCGGCCCGCCUCCCACAACCCCUUCCCCCCGCCGGCAGCGGAGAGGAGGAUCCCCAGGGGUCGGGGGUGGAGGUGGAGGUGGAGGUGGGAGUGGUGGCUCAGGGGGCGGCAGCAGCAGCAGCAGCAGACGGCGUCAGUCGGGCGCCAUCUCCCUCCAGUCCACCAGGGGGCACCAGAGGAGCCAGAGCAGCUGCGGAGGGAGCAGCAGCAGCCCCGGGUGCCCGCGGCAGGACUCCAUGGACCCCUCGGAUGAUGACACUGUCCUGGGUCUCGGGAUGGGGAUGGGCUCGGGCUCGGGGCUGGAGAUGGGGAUGGGUGGUGCCGGGGGCUACGGUGCGAGCCAGCCGGGCAACAGCGAACAUUUAUCGGAGGCGCUCAGCAGCCUGUCGCUGUCUUCGCUGCUUUGCUCCGGCUCGCUUGCCCCACCUCUGGCUAAGAAGUGUAACAGCACUGGGAGCCUGGAGCAGGGUGGGAGCAAGGACGGAGGACGGCAGGUGUUUGGCACGGUCGGCCUGGGAUACAUGUCUAGUCCCUGGACGUUGGAGGAGGAUGAAGGGAGGGGUACAGGUGGUGGUGGUGGGUUGGGUUGUCUUGAAGUGAAGACCAGUAGUCAGACCAUGGAUGCCAGUUCGCGGAAGAACAGAUGA